CGAUUAUCUAUAAGUUAUAACAAUAUUUGGAUAAAAAUCAUUUUUUUUGUGUCUCGCCAUUUUAACCCUUCAUUAAUAUCAUCAUGAGUCUUACAAGUCGAGCUCAAACAUUGAGCUUAUUUUUUGUGUCUUUAAUUGUACUCCAAUUAUGUUUAGUUACUUUCUAUGGACUCGAGGUUGACGCUGGUAAGAAGAAGAAGCUCAAGAAACUUGCUGCUCUCUUGCUUCUUCUCAAAUCAACCAAAAAACCCAAAUUCGGAAUAUUACCAAUACCUUUACCCAUUCCAAUUCCUCUUGUUAUUGACCUGAUGAAAAAGGGUGGAAAAGGUGGAAUGAUGGGUGGCAUGAUGUCCUCCAUGAUGGGUAUGAUGGGUAAAGGUGGUGGAGGCCAAAUGGGUGGCGGUAUGAGCAUGAAAGGUGGAAUGGGUGGAAUGUCCUCUGGAAUGGGUUCCGGUGGUGGAUGGGGUGGUAACAGCAUGGACAUGAUGAACAUGAUGAGCAUGAUGGACUCUUACGGUGGCUCAGAUAUGAUGAGCAUGAUGGACGAUGAUAGUUGGGGUGGUAUGAGUGGUAUGAGUGGCAUGGGAGGUUCAUCUUAUGGAGGUAACUCUGGCGGUGGCGGUGGCGGUUAUGGUAACAACGCUGGAGGAUCAGGAGCUGGUGGCGGCUAUGGCAAUAAUGGAGGAGGAUCAGGAGCCGGUGGUGGCUGGGGUAACUCAAUGGGCGGAGGAAUGGGCUCAGGUGGUUAUGGCGCUGGUAAAGAUUAGAUAAUAUUUUUAAUUUGCUAAUGGCGCUGGUUCGUCAAUUAUUUUUUUGUUGUUGCUUUUCUCGUUACUCACUUGAUGCUGCCAGUCAAAUGUACAAAAUAAUGUCAAUUAAUUUGAUCAUCUUUCAUCCCUAACAAUCAUCUUCAUCCUUCUGCCUUUACGUGUCUCUAUUUUGUUUUGUAAAAUUUGCUCUUAAUAUUGUCUUUCUGUUAAUAUCAAUGUUUGUACCUUCCUCCACCAAAUAUUGUUACUUAUUGUAUAAUCUACCUUUGAUCAGUGUUAAAAUUAACUGCAAAUUUAUUUUCUGUCAACUAAACAAUUUAUUAAACAAUCAAAGUAUCUUUUUUUUCAUUAAUCACAAUUACAAUCUAUUCAAAACAAGUAAGUGUGCGAUCACCUUAACUGAACAAUCAAGGGAUAAGACUAAGCCACAGUUGGAUAAAAUUGCAAUUUGUUUAGCAACAACACUUGAAUUGCAAACACUAAUCAUGUAAAUAUAACCCAAAUGUAGUCGAAAGAUUAUUCAGACUUUAUCGCAAAAUGAUUUACCACAUGUUACAGCCUUUAUCAUGUACGAUCACUGAGUAUAAUAACAAUAUUACAAUGAUAGUUGAUAAUUACCUUGGGAGGAGAGUCUUGAAAUGCUUUUGUUUUUGUCAUUAUAUUAUGAUUAAAUUGGCCUUUUAAAAUUGUUUCAAUCGACAUGGAAUUAGAUGAAUUUUUUGAUGUUCAAACUUGUUCAAGUCCAUCAACCAGUGCAACAGAUUCGGAAAGUAAUAAUUCAAUAAUCUCAAGCCAAUCAACUGAAAAUUGUGAGUCAAUAAUACAAGCUUUGUUUCCCAGUGAAGAUACAAUCAAAAAUUACUUGUCCCUCGACCAGGAUAACAAUAGUGACGACUCUAAUAAACAAUCUAUCAAUUCAUCAAAUACCACGAAUUCGGAUAAAUAUAGACUUCUCAAUGAAAUUAACCAUCAAUUUGAACCAAUGCAGUUGGAGUAUGACUAUCUCAGCUCUCAGAGCCUGUUAUCUACCAGCGUUUAUCCCGAUCAGACCAGCGAUGAUUUUCAUAGUGAUUUCAAUCUCGUCCCUUUAGAUGCCAUUGACUAUGGGAAUUCAGUGGAUUUAUACGGAUGUCACCAUGAUGGCCAAUGGUUACAAGGUACAGAAAGCAACCCACAAUCCACCUACAAUGAGCUGAUGAAAAUAAAGGGAAACACUUUGCUCCUCGCCAGAAUGGGGUACAAAUUUGCAGUAACACUCAAUACUGACAAUGAUAAAGUGAAGGAACUUUGGAAUCCAAAAGUGGGACAGAAAAUAUUAUCUGCUUUUUAUUCACCAUUGGGUUUGAAGGGAAAUUAUUUGUCUACUCAAGUAUCGUUGGAUCAAUUUGAAUCUUUCAUUUUAACCCAAUCGAUUAAUGCUUUUGAAGACAGGACAAUUGAACCUUCUAAUUUUACAAUGAAAGCCGUGUUAGCCCCUUCACCAGCACAAUUUGUAUCAACUUGCAAGAGAAUCAAAAGCUUCAAAAAACUGUCCAAUAUCGAUAAAAUUGUACUCUUAUCCAACACAAUGUUUGAAUUCAUUUCUUGGAAAGCCGUUUUUUAUUACAAUAGAUCGAUUGAUGGUUGGAUGAUCCACGAGACUGGGUCAAUAUAUGAAAGACGUGAUUGUUUCAUUUGGAGUCGGGCAUUUCAUGAUGCAACCAUUCAAGCAAUUGAAAAAUUACCAGAUAAAUGGAGAGAAAAUAUAAACAUUGAUGUUUUAAUUAGUCUCAUCAUUAUUUUCAAUCCUGAUCAACCUGGACUUAAAUAUAAAGAAGUGGUUAGGCAGGAACAGUAUUUGUAUAUUUAUUUACUUCAGCGCUAUUUGGAGUCAGUUUGUGAAUCGCCUUGUGAUGUUUCUGAAAAUCUUUACAGGUUGAUGGUUGCUGCUGAAAGAUGCAAGGGAUUGGGUAGAAUUUUAAGCAAAGUAAUUGAACAGUUCGAAAUAGGAAGUACCAGGCUUUUACAUAACUGGAUCGUCAGCAGAAUCAAUAGUUAACACGACUUUAAUAGAUCUGAAAGGUGCACAAGCAAUGGAUACAACUGCAAAGGUUAUUUGAGCAUUUUCACUCACAACUUGCAGGCAAAACAAAAGCUACUGAAUUUAAUUUGAAAGCUCAAGCAAUUAAAUAAUUGCUACUUGAAAAUCACAUGUAAAUUCAUUAUGAUUAGAGAGCAUAUUAAUAUGUAGUUGUAAAGAGAUCGCAUUCAUCACUUAAUCACAAUGAGCUUUCAAAUUAAUCUUAAUAAUCGGUUGUUACUAAAAAGACAUAAAAACGCAAUUGUCACAUUUAUGCACAAAUCGGCACAAAAAUUGGCAAUAACUUAUUAUUAAAACUUAUUAUUGGUCCAUUAAAAUUGUUUGUUAACAUC